AAGAACCUCAAAGGAAUCCAGACCAUAAAGCACUACUGAAAUCACCAAAAAGAAUCCAGAGAAAAGUUCCAAGAACCGCCGAAUCGCCAGAAGAACCUCAAAGAAGUCCAGAGAAAAGUUCCAAGAGCCGCCGGAAAAGCCUGGAAGAACCUCAGAAGAAUCCGAAAAAAAGUCCAAAGAACCAACGAAAGAGCUUAAAGAAUCCAAAAAGUACCAAAUCAUCCCAAGAACCGCCGGAAGAAUUUAAAGAAUCCAAAAGAACCAAAUCGCUGGAAAUACUCAAAAAAAUGUCUCAAGAACCGUCAGAAGAGCCUAAAAAAAUCAGAAAAGAACCAAGAUAA